CAGUCUCCACGCCCCACCAUCUGGAGGUGAUCCUGAAAAGGCAAAGGCACUGAACCAAAGCUUUCAGUUCAUUCACAGACGACAAACCCUUUAGAUGGUUCUUUAAAUCCCAAAGAGUGACCCAUUCCCUCCAUCGGCUGCCCCGGUGACCAGUAGGGCAAGAUGGCACGGGACAUGUCCGAUGCCGAGAUCAUGAAAAUGGAGCUGGAACAGCUUCAGAAGGAGGUGAAAACCACUAGAGAGCCUGUCUCCAAAACCGCAAAGGAGAUUUGUGAAUGGGUUGAGGGCCAAUCCGCAGAAGAUCCUCUGAUUAAGGGUGUCCCUGAGGAUAAAAACCCCUUUAAGGACAAGGGUGGAUGCAUAAUAACUUAGCCCAUGUAGUAUAUCUUGUGGACUGUUUUGACUAGUGAAAAAGAAACGCUUGUGAUCGGAAUGGCUGUUCUUUCUUUAAUAAUGAAGAUACUCUGUAUAUAGCCUCACAGUAUUUCAAUUUAAUUCAAAGUUUUUAAAUGUGUGUAUUAGACCAUGAAAUAUUUAAAAAAUGAAAGGUAAAACUGCAUCAAAUGUACAAAAAUAUUUUCAAAUCCUGCCUGGAAGUAAAUAAAAACAACAAUACUUUCAAGAUUGUGAAACUUUUGAUACUCAGGCUUCAAGCCUUCCCCCCACCAUGAUUUCACUUUUUGGAAUAAAUAAAUAAAUAAAA